AUGAAGAUGCUGCUGCCGCUGGUGGUCCUCCAGCUGCUCCUGGCUCCAGCUCUCAUGGUGCCCAGUGUGGAUCACUGGGACGCGUGGGCGCCUUAUGGAGAAUGCAGUCGCAGCUGCGGCAGCGGAGUGACCAUGAGAACCAGACGCUGUAACACACUCAGGGCUGAUGGAGGACACAACUGUGUUGGACCAGACAAGUCGUACCGCUCCUGCAACAUCCAGGACUGUCCGGAGGGAUCCAAGGAUUUCCGCGAGGAGCAGUGCUCCCAGUUCGACGGGACCAACUUCCAGGGGAAACUCUACAAGUGGCUCCCCUAUUAUGGAGCUGAGAACCCCUGUGAGCUGAACUGCAUGCCCAGAGGAGAAAACUUCUUCUACCGCCACCGCAGCGCUGUGGUGGACGGGACGCCCUGUCACCCGGGACGGAGGGACGUCUGUGUGGACGGCGUCUGUAAGCGUCUGGGCUGUGACAACAUCCUGGAGUCGGCUCAGCAGGAGGACCCUUGCCUGCAGUGUGGGGGCAACGGGCAGUCCUGCCGCCAAGUCAAGAACAGCUUCACUGUGCGAGACCUGCCCAACGGCUACAACCAGAUGUUCAUCAUCCCCGUCGGAGCGACCACCAUCAGCAUCAGAGAGACGGUGGCUUCACGCAACUACCUCGCGAUCAAGAACCUGCGCGGUGAGUACUACCUCAACGGCCACUGGGUGAUCGAGUUCUCCAGGGCGACGCCCAUCGCCGGCACCAUGCUGUACUACCAGCGAGGAGCUGAGGGCGACAACGUCCCUGAGACCAUCAUCGGCCGCGGCCCCACCACCGAGCCCCUGGUGGUUGAGCUCAUCAGCCAGGAGCCAAACGCCGGCGUGGAGUACGAGUUCUACCUUCCUAACGGACGCUCCAGAGAGGGCUACUACUGGAGCUUCGGCUCGUGGUCCACCUGCAGCAGAGAGUGCGGAUCAGGCUACCAGUCUCGCUUGGUCUUCUGCACCAUCGACAACGAGUCCUACCCCGAUUAUCUCUGCGCGUCGCUGCCGAGGCCUCAGACCAACCGCACCUGCAACCCACAGCCCUGCCCCGAGGUCCACAGCUGGAACACCGGGGAGUGGAACGUCUGCUCCGUCACCUGUGGUGGAGGAUCCCAGGUUCGCAGCGUUCAGUGCAACUCCCAUGAUGCAUCAGGGCCCCGCGUGGUGGAGGACGCCGUUUGCGCCGCCUACACCGAGGCACCUCCGUCUCUGCAGACCUGCAACAUGCACAAGUGUGCCGAGUAUCAUGUGACCACCUGGAGUGUGUGUUCUGUGACCUGCGGCUCGGGGGAGCAGACCAGAGAGGUGACCUGCACGGGGUCAGGUGGGAUGAGGCUGGAGGAGACUUCCUGCAGCGCGUUGCUCCGCCCAGCCGCCGUCCAGCCCUGCAAGAUGGCCGCCUGCCUGACACAGAUCAGCUGGCAGGUUGGCGAGUGGGGCCUGUGUUCAAGGAGCUGUGGCUCCGGCUCUCGAGAACGCAAGGUGAUCUGCUCGGACCGCGAGAGGAACCUGUACCCGGUAGGCCGGUGUAACACCAUCCGCAAACCCACCACCGUGGAGCGCUGCAACAGGCAGCCCUGCUACAGUCCACAGGUUGUCCCCAGCGUCCAGGACCCACGAGGACACGACAACACCCAGACUGUCUUCCAGCCGUACGUUCCGGAUCACGCACCAGUCCGCAGGCCGGAGACGGACCCGACCCAGACGAACGCGGUGGACGACCCUCACCGCUCCGCCCCUGCCCUCCACUGCAGCCAGUCGCAUUACGGCUGCUGCCCGGACGGACGCACCUCAGCCGGAGGUCCUCAGGGUCUGGGCUGCCCAAGGGCCGCGGCUCCCACUCCCGUGCAGCCGUCCUGCUUCCACACCAGUUACGGCUGCUGCCAAGAUGGUGUGACGACCUCUCAGGGGCCCAACAAGGAGGGCUGCGUGGAGUUUGUGGCCCUUGCACCCACUACUGCUCCUUCCCUCCCCACUGAGAACGCAGUACAGUGUCGCACCACCACCUUCGGGUGCUGCUUCGACCGCACCUCACCUGCAGGGGGACCCAACGGGGAGGGCUGCCCGAACCCACCCAACCACAUCGAGCGCUCCAUCUGCUCCCUGCCUCGUGCCGCCGGCUCCUGCAGCAGCUGGAUCCCACGCUACCACUUCGACGUCAUCACCUCCAAGUGUGUGCACUUCUGGUACGGCAGUUGCCACGGCAACAGCAACAACUUCAUGACCAGGGCCGAGUGCCACCAGGCGUGUCAGGCACCUGCACCGAGCCAGCAGGGCCCCGAGGUGCUGGCUCCCGCUGGAGAGCCCACACCGAGGAGAGAAUCCACCCCUGGGAGGCCCACAUCUGGAGCAGGCACCUCAUCUGGAGCAGGCACCUCCUCUGGAGCAGGCACCUCCUCUGGAGCAGGCACCUCCUCUGGAGCAGGCACCUCCUCUGGAGGGUCCACAGGCGGGCAGUCACGCAACAUGGGGAGGAUUUUCACAGUCCAGGGAGGUUCGAGCACCGGCACCGGCAGACAGGCCACAAGCGCCGCCACAAACGCCCACAGAGGUAGAACCUACCUGCGGGUCCGCCGGCCUUCACCCGCCGCCGCUGCACAGCACAGCGGCCCAGCAGCGAGUUUGACGCUGGGUGAAGUGACCAUCGAUAAGUCGGACCCCUCCACAGUGGAAGCUCUGGUCGGCCAGACGGCCGUGCUGCCCUGCAGAGUCCGUCCUCCGCCGUCCUCCACCGUCAUCGUGGAGUGGAGACGGGAGGGCGUCCCGCUGUCCACUCACAGGCAUCACCAGCAGCCCAAUGGCUCCCUGUUGGUCGGUCCUCUCACCGAGUCGGACUCUGGUUGGUUUUUGUGCUUGGCCACUCGGGAGCGUGAGAGAGAUCACCGCUACAUCUACCUCUCCGUCUCAGAGGGAUCGUCCCAGCUGAUUCCCACCUCUCUCCCCGGAGACGGCCCGUUCUCUCGGUUCAGUAUUGACCGCUCGAGUCCGUCUUUGCUGGAAACGCGAGCAGGACAAACGGUCCGGCUGCCCUGCACCAUCGUCCCUCCGUCAGCUCUGCAGUCCGUCAGCGUUCAGUGGACAAAAGACGGACGGACCCUCACUGACUCCAGGUUUACCCAGAAGUCCGAUGGCACGCUGAUCGCUGGCGGGCUGAAGUCUGCUGACUCCGGGGUCUACACGUGCACCGCCUCCAGCCUGCAGCAGCUGGAGCAGAGACAACUGCAGCUCAGAGUCCAAGCGGACCUGAAGAUCACCACGGCCCCAAACAACAUCCAGGUGUCUGAAGGCAGCACGGCUCUGCUCCCCUGUGUGGUGUCAGGAGACAACAUCAACAUCGGCUGGUCCAGAAAUGGCGUCCCGGUGCGUCCAGACGGUCGUAACAUCCUGAUGUCGUCCGACGGCAGCUUGAUCCUCAACAAUGUGAAGUCGUCGGACGAGGGCACGUACACCUGCAACGCCUACACGGGCAUCUACUCAGUGAGCGCCACGGCUGAAGUGAGGGUCAUCAAAGACACGCAACAAGGUGUGGAUGUUCCUCCAGAAUGCGUGGACCAGCCCGAGCUCGCCAACUGCGAGCUGAUCGUCUACGCCCGACUCUGCUCCAACUCGUACUACUCCAGUUUCUGCUGCGCCAGCUGCACCAGGCACUCACAGAAACACGACAGGUUCGGCCGGCUGGGCUAA